AAUGGCGGCUGUCGGUUGCUUUACGUUGGAGUAAAUUUUUGGAGAAGUGAAGAAAUAGCAUUUAAAAAAUGAAUUUCCUUAGAACUCCAGAGGACAGCACUGCUGUUGUGAGAAUCAUGGGUGAAUUCGAUCAAUUUCUAACGAGUGACCCAAGGAGCCGGCUGACUUAUGAAGAUCCAUCAAGCGAUGGACAUGAGCAAAGUCAGAGACCAUCUUCCAAAAGCUUCGCGAAAACUUUGAAUAAAUCGAGGAGCCAGGGAAGCCUUUUUUCUAACGAGCGUGAAAAAGAUGUGGAGCUCAUCAAAAGCCGAAGCAAAAUCGCGCACCUAGAGAGUCAAAUGAAUGUCCUGGAAUCAGAAAGAAAACGUGCAAGAAUCGAGUUUGAAAAGGAUAGUGGAAAUGACAGGCUUGAACGGAGGAGAAUGGAAGAGAAAUACGAAGACCUACAAAAAAACAUUCAGUAUAUCGCAGAGCAAGAAAAAAACGCCAAAGAUCAGUUGAAAGACCUGAAAAAAGAGUACGAGACUUACCGCAACAAAUCCGAGCAAACGAUUCAAAACUUGCAGAGGGAAAAACUAAAACUGUGUGCAGAAAAAGACGAGUUGCGGGAGGAUUCUAGUAAAAAAGAAAUGGAUUUGAAGAAUUCACUUUUCAGACAGGGAACUGAGCUAGCUGUUAUGCAAAAUAAACUGGGAGAUACUGAGAGUCAGCUUGAAAAUGUCAAAAGAAGACUUAGUGAAGUGAUGACUCAGCUGCCAGAGCUUGAGCAGCUAAGAGAACAUUCAAGAACAGCUGAGCAUAGGGUCAAGGAAUUGGAGCAGAAGUUAUCCCGCCAAGAUGAAGCUACAGGAGUUGCAAUGGUGAUGCAGACACAGCUUACAAAGUACAGAAAAUUGGAAAAAGAAAAUGCCAAGUUAAAAGAUGAAAACCAUUAUUACAGAGAAACAAAUGAAAGUAAUCUUUUGUUAAAAGAGAAAGCAGACAAUUUACAAGGGAAACUGCAGAGAGCAGAGCAAAGAGUUACAGAGUUAAUGAGAGUGGAGAUUGAAAAUGAGGAGCUUAAAAAGAAAAUUCAGAAGUGGGAGACUGAAGAUCUGUCAGGGACAAAAAGGCUAAGAUCUCCAGCCCAACUUGCACAAGAUGUUGCAAAUCUUCAAAAGAGCCAAGUAGUGUUAUUAGAAACACAAAGUGAGCUGAAAUCUAGUGCACAGAUUCAUGAGACAGCUUAUCAGAGAGCAGUGCAGGAGUUGGCAGCUGUUAAAAAGGAGUCAGCUGAAUUUAAGGAGAAUGGUGAGCGACAAAAAGAACUAAAUCAAAGACUUCAAAGACGCUUGUUUCUUGUGACAGCUGAGCGUGACGGCUGCCGCAGAAUCCUUGACACUUAUGACAGUAGCUACUCUUCAAAUUACGAUCCUCAAAUACGCUCCAGGUUAAAAGAGGCGGAAGAUCGUCUCAAGACAUGCCACGAACACAUCGAAACAUUGGAGCUUGAAGUGAACCAGAAAUCCGACGAAACAAGCAGAGAAAGACUCAGGGCUAAUCAGCUUGAGGUUGAAAACUGCGAAUUGCGAGACAAGGUUUCCAACCAAACCGCAGCUAAACCUGCCGACAGCGCCUUGAGGAUAGAGUUAGAAAAACUACAGGCAGAGAAUGCCAAGCUACAAGAACAGCUGGAAAUUUACGAAAUCAACAAAGACCAAAUGCACAUGCGGGGUUAUUACGAUCCAACUAAAACCAAGAUUGUCCAUCUGUCGAUGAAUCCAUCCAGUGUCGCUAAACAACAGCGUGGGGAGGAGCUGGAAAAUCUGCGGAAGGAGAACGAAUAUCUGAAGAGGAGACUAACGGUCGUGGAGGAGGGAGGCGGCAGCCCUAAUGACACCAGUCUCCUCGGCAAGCUCGGUCCUGAGACUGCACCAAGUGUGUUCAAACAAGUGGAAGAUUUUAAAGCACAGUUGUCCUCGGCAGAGAUGAAAAAUCAGCGCUUAAAAGAGGUUUUCAAGAAGAAGAUUCAAGAAUUUCGUGAGGCUUGCUAUGCCUUAACAGGCUACAAGAUUGAUGUCAUUCGAGACAAUCAGUAUCGGCUUCAGUCCAUGUAUGCUGAGAGAUCUACGGACGAUCUGUUAUUUGAAAGCAAUGUUAAAGGUGAAAUGAUGUUGCUAGCCACGGAUUUUUCCUCUCAGCUAACGGAUCAAAUAUCGACUUAUUUGAACAGAUUUAACUCCAUCCCGGCCUUCCUGAGUAACAUCACACUAGAACUGUUUAACAGACAAACUCAAACUAUAGUUAUUAACUGAUAUUUCGUGCAGUCCUGCAGAGAUUGAUGUGCGUCACUCGCGCUGAGUAACGACUUGCAAAUCUUGAAAAAUUUUGUUUAGUUUGCCGUCUACAGUCCAUGUCAAUUUUGUCCAUCCUGCACCAUGUUUGAUGUCCUCGCUGGAGUUCUCUGUUUUCUUCCCCCUAAGGUACUGAUAAAAGACGUCAAUUAACCUUCGUAGAGGGCAGGGAGCCAAUCAAGAAAUCGUAGAGCCAGUUAAUAUUCCUAACUCUUUCUUCCCUUUUGAACGACGCCCUCUGUAUCACUCCCGUUUCUCAACUGUGAAAUUCAGUCGCGGAUAGUGUAAGAUAGUGAGAUCCUUAUGACGAACCCGGAAGCUAUCAUAGCUAGAGUUACUCAUCUCAGAGGGGCUUUCAAUUAAUUUGGUAACCCUCUAUUGGACUUAAUCCAAAUAAAUCAUAGCCAGAAUGAGCCAAUCAGAAGUCGAGGUUAAAACGUGCACCAGUGAUAAGCGCGGGAAGCGUGCGUCAACGCUUCUUUUUGGGCUAAAAUUUAAUUUGCGCUUACCAGUCAGGUUAAAGCUCCGGGAAAUACAAUUUAAAAACGUUGCAGUCUCCUGACUGCCAAUCGGAGUAAUCUUGCUUUAUUAUCGUAUAAAGCAAAUGUUACAACCUUAAAUCAUUCCUUUUACCAUGGCUUCUUCUUUUAUUAUUUGUAAAUAUUUUGUGUAUGACAUGUAAAUAAAA